AUGGCUUCAACUUCUAGGGUUUGCCUUUUUGUGCUUCUUGGUGUUCUUGUUUGUAGUAGCAUUCAUGCAAGGAAGCUUGGGAGUGAUAAGGGUUUAAGAGAUGAGAAGAAUUUCUAUCAUCCAGGGUUCGGUGGAGGUGCCGGCGCGGGAGGAGGUGGUGGUUUUGGUAGUGGAGGAGGGAUAGGUGGUGGUUCAGGGAGCGGAUUUGGUGCAGGUGCUGGUGCAGGUGGUGGUUCUGGUGGUGGAUUUGGAGGUGGAGGUGGUUUUGGUGGUGGUGGCGGUAGUGGAGGAGGGUUAGGUGCUGGUUCCGGAAGUGGAUUUGGCGCUGGUGGUGGUUCUGGUAGUGGACUUGGCGGUGGAGGAGGUUUUGGUGGUGGUGGUGGCGGUGGAUUUGGCGGAGGAGGUGGUACUGGUGGAGGUUCAGGAUUUGGAGGAGGGUCCGGAUUUGGAGGUGGUGCUGGUGCUGGUAGUGGACUUGGAGGAGGUGGUGGGGGAGGAUUUGGAGGCGGUGGUGGUGGUGGACACGGUGGUGCCGGAUCCGGUGGAGGAUUUGGUAGUGGAGCAGGUGGAGGAGUUGGAGGUGGAUUUCCAUGA